CCCCACCAGCUGAACAUGGAGGGGGCUCUGAUCGCCCGGGACAGGGUCGGCGUUCAGGAUUUUGUCCUCCUCGACUCUCACACGAGUGAAUCGGCUUUCCUGGACAACCUGCGCAAGCGAUACCGGGAGAACCUCAUCUACACCUACAUCGGCACUCUUCUCGUGUCUGUGAAUCCCUACAAAGAGUUGGACAUCUAUACAAUGAAGCAGAUGGAACAAUACAAAGGGGUCAACUUCUUUGAGCUGCCGCCACACAUCUACGCCAUUGCUGACAACACCUACCGUCUCAUGUGCACCGAGUACAACGACCACUUCAUCUUGAUCUCCGGAGAAAGUGGAGCCGGGAAGACGGAAGCCUCCAAGAAGAUCCUCCAGUUCUUCGCGAUGACCUGCCCUACCACAGAGCAGCUGCAGGUUGUCCGGGAUCGCCUGCUCCUCUCCAAUCCUGUCCUGGAGGCGUUUGGAAAUGCCAAAACGUUACGGAACGACAAUUCAAGCAGGUUUGGGAAGUACAUGGACAUCCAGUUUGAUUUUAAGGGCGCUCCUGUCGGUGGACACAUCCUGAGCUACCUGAUUGAAAAGUCCCGCGUUGUGCACCAGAACCCUGGGGAACGCAACUUCCACGUCUUCUACCAGCUGCUGGAGGGGGGAGAGGAGGAGCUGCUGGAGGGCCUGGGCCUGGAAGGCAGCCCUCAAAAGUACAGCUACCUAGUCCAGGGAGGCUGUGCCAAAGUGUCUUCCAUUAAUGACAGAAGUGACUGGAGAACGGUCCAGAAAGCCUUUGUGGUCAUUGACUUUGCCCCAAGAGAUAUUGAGAAUCUCUUGGGGAUAAUUGCGAGUGUCCUGCAUCUGGGCAACAUCCAGUUUGAAGAAGACAGCAACGGCCACGCCAUCAUCACCAACGGCACUCAACUCCACUGGAUCUCCAAGCUUCUGGGCGUCCAUCUGUCCAUCCUUCAAGAAUCCCUAACCCACAGGAAAAUUGAGGCCCGGUUUGAAGAGGUUUUAAGCCCCUUAGAUGUGGACCUGGCAUUUUACGCUCGGGAUGCCGUAGCGAAAGCCAUCUACGGGCGGACCUUUACUUGGCUGGUCAACAAAGUCAACAGUUCUUUAGCCAACAGGGACUUCAGCAGGAAAACCGUGAUCGGGCUGCUGGAUAUUUAUGGCUUUGAAGUCUUUGAGACAAACAGUUUUGAACAGUUUUGUAUCAACUAUUGCAAUGAGAAACUCCACCAGCUGCUGAUCGAAAUGACCCUGAAGGCAGAACAGGAGGAAUAUGAGCUGGAAGGCAUUGAGUGGGAACCGGUCCCUUAUUUUAAUAACAAGAUCAUAUGCGACCUCGUGGAGGAAAAGCACAAAGGCAUCAUUUCCAUACUGGAUGAAGAAUGCUUGCGGCCUGGUGAAGCCACCGACCUGAGCUUCCUGGAAAAACUGGAGGAGAAAGUAGGAGAUCAUGCCCAUUUUGUGACUCGAAAGCUUGCAGACCAGAAAACCCGGAAGUCCAUCGACUGGGUGGACUUCCGCUUGCUUCACUACGCUGGCGAAGUGACCUACUGCACCGUGGGAUUUUUGGAGAAAAAUAACGAUCUGCUUUACCGGAACCUCAAAGAGGUGCUGUGUAAUUCCAAAAACGGUAUCUUGAAAGAAUGCUUCCGCCCAUCGGAGUUACACAACCGGAGGAGGCCCGAGACGGUGGCCACUCAGUUCAAAACCAGCCUGUCCAGUUUGAUAGACAUCCUGAUGUCCAAGGAGCCCUCCUACAUCCGGUGCAUCAAGCCCAACGGGGACAAAGAACCUGACAAAUUCGAUGACUCCUUGAUAAGGCACCAGGUGAAAUACCUGGGGUUAAUGGAGCACCUUCGGGUGAGGCGAGCUGGCUUUGCUUACCGUCGGAAGUAUGAGCACUUCCUGCAACGAUACAAGUCGCUCUGCCCAGAUACCUGGCCCCAGUGGCGAGGCCCUGCAGCCAAGGGGGUGGAGAAGCUCAUCCAUCACAUCGGCUACAAGCCCGAAGAGUACAAGAUGGGAAGGACCAAACUCUUCAUUCGUUUCCCGAGAACGCUGUUUGCCACCGAAGAUGCCUUUGAAUAUAGAAAACACCUCCUAAUCUCCAGAAUACAAGCCAAAUUCAGAGGUUGCCUCGGGAAGCGAGAAUUCCAGAAGAUGAGACAAGCCGCCAUCCUGUUGGAGGCGGCCUGGAGGGGGGUCCUGGCACGCAGGCGGGCCAAGAAGAGAAUGUGGGCAGUGGAGACAAUCCAUAAGUUCUUAAAAGGCUUCAUUCACCGGACAGAGCCCCUGAACUCUGACAAUGUGGACUUUGUGAGGUUUGUGCAGUACGCCUACCUCAUGAAACUCAGGGAUCACAUUCCAAAGACCGUCCUGGACAAAAGCUGGCUUAAGCCUCCACAGAUCAUGCAACAAACCUCUGCUCUUCUGAAGACAAUCUGCAAAAGGAAUCUUGUCCGGAAAUAUUGUUGUGGAAUCACUGCGGAGAAGAAGGCCCAGAUGGAGCAAAAAGCUGUGGCCAGUGCCAUCUUCUCUGGGAGGAAAGUUGGCUACGCGGAAAGCCUGAACGAACUCUUUGUGGACAGCCGGCUGAGUGAGAGCGAUCUGUGCCCGAAGGUCCUGCAGAUGAUCCGCCACGAGAAGGUCCAGUAUGUCACCCCAGUGGUAAAAUAUGACCGGAACGGCUUCAAGCCCCGAGAGCGGCUGCUGGUCCUGACCCGUCUGGCGGCUUACGUGGUGGAGACGGCCAAGAUCAAGCAAAAGAUCGAGUACGCCACCCUCAGAGGCAUUUCCACCAGCAGCCUCAGCGACGGCAUCUUAGUCCUCCACGUUCCAGAAGACCACAAGCAGGAAAAGGGAGACGCCAUCCUGUGGUGCAGGCAUGUCUUUGAGGCCGUCACCAAGCUCUGCAUGUUAGCCAAGAAGCAGGACCUGGUAGCCGUGGUCCAGGGAAGCCUCCAGUUCCAAAUCAGUCCAGGGAAAGAAGGAACCAUGGUUUUCACCACCGGGCAGGAGCCUCACAUCUACAAAGCCAAAAAUGGACAGCUGACUGUUGUGUCGACCAAGAUAAAGUCCUGAUGGGGGAAACCAACAUCCAGGGCCAUCCGU